UGCGCAUCACUUCGUGAACAAGUUUUGACGUUCCCGUAAAGUGCCACUUGGCGGCGUAGAUUAAACUGAAAAUAUAACGAUUAAUUUUUCAUUAUACAGAAUAUUUUGAUUCUUUAUUUGCAGGUAUAACGGCCGAACGACCACUGGCAUAUCCUGAACGCAGGAUAAUAGUUUAAAUCAUGUGGCGUUUCUCUGCGAUCUGGUUUUACAGUACUGGUUUCGAGCUACAUGCUGCAGAUCGUGUUGUCGCCCCUUCAUAAUAUUUUGCUAAUGGGAACUAUCCGAUCAGUAAUAGCUUGUUUAUCUCCGGCCGCAUUAGCGAGGAAGAUGAACAAUGCGGCGCUGUGCGUGCCCGGGACAUCAUGCGUGCGUGCGCCCGGGCUGCUACGCCUUACUUCAGUCCCUGGUUAUGAUAAAAACCGCGUGAAUGAUGUUUUACUAUUAACACCCCUCACCAGAACGCAGAAGGAAUGUGACAACGAGACUGAGAACUUGCGGAACGUGAAUGCUCACGUAGUCUUCUUUCCCGGGGACAUUCAGAACUUCCAGCAGGAAAUGGCCCUCCAGCCUGAUGCUGCCCCAUGGCAGUCCUGGAGUCUUGAGCGUGUGGCUCUCACCCUUGGCCACCGUUUUCCUGGCUGCCAUAUCUGGGUUGUCCGUGCUUCCUGCAUGUACCUGCACAAGUUCAGCUGCUAUCAGAACUUCGUAGAGAGCAACUUAUUUGGAGCACCAGAACACUCUCCAGACUAUGGAGCCAUUCGCCACCUGAGGGCACUCCUGGGUCACAGCAUGGUUCAGGCUGGCCUCCCGAAUCCUUUACCCCCUCUUAGUGAUACAUCCACCCCUGCCCCUCUUCCUUCUGGUUUUACCCUGACCCUAGUGGGCUUCAGUAAAGGAUGUGUUGUUCUCAAUCAGAUAGUGUAUGAGCUGGCUGGAGCUCAAGCAGAUCCAGAACUGAGGCUGUUUCUGGACAGUGUCUCAGAUAUGUACUGGCUGGACGGAGGGCACCCUGGUGGUAAUGAGACAUGGGUGACUGAUAAGUGUGCGCUGGGUGUGCUGGCCUCUAGUGGGAUGGCUGUCCAUGCCCACGUCACACCUUAUGAGGUAAGUGACCCAUUGAGGGCAUGGGUGGGACGUGAGCAUGGGCACUUUAUAAAGACCCUGGAGGGACUGGGUGCCUGUCUAAGCCAGAAAGUGCACUUUGAGGAUGAGCCGGCAUCCAUAGAGAAUCACUUCCGGGUCAUUCAGGAUUUUUGACUGUUCUUCAUCUAUGCUUUCUUAAGUCUUAACAUGGAAAGUAGCAUAUUCCUUGCAGGGUAUUAGGCUCUGUAUUGCACAGAUAUAUCAGUUAGUCAAGCGCUUUGAGUCACCAGGUGUUUGGAGAAUGAUUGUAUGCUGCCUUUUCAGUUUUCAUGAAUAGGAGGAAAUAUUGAAGCUGAAUGACCUGGAACUUGUAAAAAGUUUAGCUGCAUGGCAUUAAGCCUUAUUGUUUGGUAAUUGCAUAUAACUGCAUAUAGACUGAAUGCUCUUUCAUAGUCAAUUUGGAAUGUUGACUUUGCUUGAUUUGUAAAGCUUCUCAAAUCAUUCAAACCAUUACCUCCACCUGUUCCAAGGUCUCUUUUUCCCUACACAGAAAGGAAAGGAGAAAUUACCUGAAAGUAAUUUGGUAAAGAAAUGAAUUAAUUUAAUUAUUUAAAUCCAAUUUGUGUUCUUAAUUGAAUUAAUGAGCAUUCAUUUUCAUUUCAAGCUUGUGUCCUUCAUUUUCUAAAUGGAUAAUGUUGAAUGUAAAACUUUUGUUUUCUUCUCUUAGGAGCCCUGCUGCUCUACCAAGGCAUAUUGUCUGAAUUUCUUAAUGCUAUUUUGGUACAAAUAUAUAUAUAUUUUUUCACUAUCUUAAAAAUAUUACAGGCAAGAAAAUCCUCUUAAGAGUUAAACGUCUUGUUACAGCCUUAAACUCUAGGUUUCAUGAGUAUCCUCCCAGAUAUGAUUGUAUUGGUUUAUAAUAACAAUGUUUUCUGGUUGGUGUUCAAUUUCUGGGCUUUCUUUGAUUUGUUAACAUCUGAUGACCUUCACUGGAAUUAAUUGUGAGCAUGUGUGCCUGUGUGUGUUAA